AUUUUCGCCUGACACCGAUUCACCUUGUUGUGAAGGUCGGACCAACUUGCGUGUGGCGGCUGUUUCACAUUUAUUUGUUCUUCCUUCACAGCGUGUCUAUAUACCCCAAUGUAUGUUUCAAGGCUGGGCUAAGGAUCUACCAUAUCCUGGUCUCUCUUCGCAAAAUACGCGUGGAUUAAUGGAUUAGUCUUGGCCUUGGCACCAAACGAUCUUUUAUUGAUUCAGAUGAAUUUGUGUAUUUCCAGGAAUAUUGCGUUACCGUCGAUGGUUUAACCAGAUCAGCCUUGUUGUUGUUAUUCUGCUCGAAAAGUAAGAAGUGAUCAGAGAGUAUGUGCUUCUUUCCGUAAAUUCAUUUAAAAUAAUACACGAAGUAGUAUAUAUUUACGUGUGUUUAUAUAUGAUUAUGAUGUUGUAUAUUCAUACGGGGAUUACUAAGCGUUGUCACACACGUAUACAUACACCCUCUUGAGAAAACAAACAAGAACUCUGAAAAUAUAUAUUCAUACGAGGAUUAUCACACGCGCAUAAGGAAAGAAUAUCAGGCGUUUUGUGCACGACCAUCACCACAUAAAAUUCCGACCAUCGCCAAAACAGCAGGGAUAUCAACACUAACCAUCACCACCAUCAUCAUAAUCGUCCUCGGUAUAAUACUGCAGUAGUAGUUACAUCUAUAACAUCAUCACCACCACCACCACCACCACCACUUAUAACAACAACAAUAACAGCAGCCUGAAGACGAAGUUGAAGCAGACAAGAAUGAGAGCUCGUUAUAUCGCAACCACUGUGAUCGCAUCAACAUCAUUGUCGUCAUCGUCAUCACAAGCACUGUGACCCGAAGAAACAAACUUACAACCAUCAGUAGUAACACCAGCAGCAGCACCACCAACAUCAUCAUCAUCGCCGUAAACUGACCACAGUUGUGACAAUCGUUAUCAGCAUCAUCUUCGUUACCAAAAAGCGUCAGCCAAAGACCACAACACCGCGUCAUCGCUUUCAUCUCCUUGUAAAAAAAAAAUAGCUACAUCACCACCACCACCACCAUCACUAUUAUCGCUGUCUUCAGUAAAAGAGAGCAACCACUGCACCGCAGCCGCUGCCACCACCAACAGCAACAACAACAUUAGAAUCCCCAUCGCAAUUAUCAGCUUUGUCAUCAGUCAAAGAUAAUAAGAACAAUAACUAAAUCGUCUCCAGUUCUAAAACUGUAGCAACAGUAACAGCAACAUUAUCAACGACAACAACAGCAGCAGCAGUAAUAAUUAUACUACUACUAUUGAAAUAGUGAAGAUGUCCAGUCACGCAACUACCACAACUAGUAACCAAUCGACCACGGUUUCGAUUCCUCAUCAUGACCGCAACCAGUAUUACCAAAAUGCUAUCAUACAGCCCUUACUUACAGAUCUCUACCAGAUCACUAUGGCUUACUCGUACUGGUUGUGCGGCAAAGAGAAGGAUAUCGCCUGCUUUGAUUUGUACUUUCGCAAAAACCCUUUCCAUGGAGAAUUUACCAUUUUCGCUGGCCUUGAAGAGUGUGUUAGAUUUCUUGAAAAGUUCCACUUCACAGAUAGUGAUAUUGACUACUUGAAGACUGUCCUGCCAGAACAAACUAACCCAGGAUUCUUUGAAUAUCUGAAGAACAUGAAUGUGAACAGCGUCACUCUUUGGGCCAUUGAUGAAGGCACGGUAGUGUUUCCGAAGGUACCACUCAUUGUAGUCGAAGGGCCGUUACCUAUUGUUCAGUUGCUGGAGACGUGUUUCUUGAAUUUGGUUAACUAUGCAAGCCUCGUCGCUACCAAUGCUGUACGUUUCCGAUUGGCUGCUGGUUUCGAUAUGAAGUUGUUUGAGUUUGGACUGAGGAGGGCUCAGGGGCCAGACGGGGGUAUGUCUGCAUCACGAUACUGCUACAUGGGAGGUUUUGAUGGGACCAGUAAUGUAUUGGCUGGGAAAUUCUUUGACAUUCCUGUGAAGGGAACACACGCUCAUGCUUUUGUAAACUCUUUCAUUAACCUCAGCAGUAUUAAGAGCAGAACUCUAAAGAAGAACAAUUCUGAUGAAAUAGUAGAUUUCCUUAGUUUGUGCUUGGAAUGGCAGUCUCGAUUAUGUAAUCAAUUAGGAUUCUUCAAAGACCAAGUGAAUGAAGGUGAAUUGGCAGCAUUUUGUUCCUAUGCCAUAUCUUUCCCGAACCAGUUCUUGGCACUCAUUGACACCUACGACGUAGUCAAGAGUGGCUUACCCAACUUUCUCACAGUGGCACUUGCCCUGCACGCGAUUGGCUACAAAGCCCAAGGUGUUAGAAUCGACAGUGGAGAUCUGGCUUACCUUUCCACCAUCUCUCGGCAAGAAUUUGAAAAGGUAGCUACAAUGUUUAAUAUCCCAGUAUUUGGCAAGUUUACAAUCGUAGCUAGCAAUGACAUCAACGAAGACACCAUCCAUUCUCUAAACCAGCAGUCAAAUACAGAUGAUAAUUCAGUUGAUAAUACGUUAGAUCAACCAAAUCAUCAGAUCAACUGUUAUGGAAUUGGUACACACUUAGUGACAUGCCAGAAACAGCCAGCACUUGGUUGUGUCUUUAAGUUGGUACAAAUUAAUGAUAUUCCUCGGAUUAAACUGAGCGAAGAACCUGAUAAAAUUGGUAUACCUGGGAAGAAAACUGCCUACAGACUAUAUGGUGCUGAUGACAUUGCUCUCAUUGAUGUUCUCAUACGUGACACAGAGCAGCCUCCCCUGGCAGGUGAGCGUGUCUUCUGUCGACAUCCGUUUCAGGCUCAGCAGAAUCUCCCGACGCUGCGACACCUGAGAGAGAAGACAUUGUCAUCAUUGAGUCACAUACGGGAAGAUCACAAGCGAGCCCUACAGCCUAGUCCAUAUAAGGUGGCUGUCAGUGACAAACUCUACACGUUCAUGCAUAAUCUAUGGCUGGAGAAUGCUCCAGUUGGGGAGCUGUGUUAAUAUUUGCUAUUGCUUCUAAUUUUUUUGUUUCUUAGUACGGCCUAAUAUAUACACGUGUGUGUGUGUGUAUAUACAUAUAUGUAUACACACACACAUAUACAAAUACAUACAUAUACACACACACACAGACAUAUAGACACAUAAACACACGCACACAUAUAUACACACAUACAUAUAUUUUACAUACACGCUUACAUACAUGUGUGUGUAUGUAUUUGAUAUGCAUAGCAUAUGCUCACACAAAUAAGCAUUCACACACACACACACACAGAUAUAAAGAUAUGCAUACACAGGCCUUACACACACACAUACACACACACACACAUACAUCUGUGUGGUACCUUGAUAGGUUAUGCUGUAUAAAAACCUCCGUAGCCUGCUGUGUCUGUUGUUUAUUGUCAGUAGCUCACAUAUUGAAGAGGAUUGUCAUAGUCGGCCUCAAGUACUGACCAGUGAUAUGUUUCUCUGUGUGAUAAACUGUGAUAUGCUGAUAUUCUAUAUUGACACCAUUAUUAUUAUUAUUAUUAUCAUUAUUAUUAUUAUUAUGACGACUUAAUAUUUUUGGCCCAUUUUAUGAUCUGAGAUGAAGAAAUACUACCGUGUCUGACUAUGCCUUUUAUACAUUAUGUAUAUGUGUCUGUGUUUAUGUGCAUAUAUAUAUAUAUAUAUAUAGUUUUAGGGAAAAGAACCAAGGUUUAUGUAAAGCUCAAUUUAAUUUUAAUUUUUUAUAAAUUGAUUUUAAUUGAGUUUUUACCUGUAAUUUUGAAUUUUGUCCCUAAUAUUAUUAUUAUAUAUAUAUAUAUAUAUAUAUAUAUACAUACACGCAUACAUUUAUGUAUGUACACACACAUAUAUGUAUGUAUACAUACACACAUAUAUACAAGUGUGUGUGUGUGUGUGUGUAUAUAUAUAUAUAUAUAUAUAUGUAUAUGUAUACACACACAUACAUACUGGGUGUCGAUUCCAUCGACUGUCUUACACUUUCAUUAAUAAAUUUCGUGGUCCUUGUGCCAACAUUACAAAUGCUCGGGCAUUUGAAAUGGUUAUGAACAAUAUCUGAGAAAUAAUAAUUAUCAUUAUUAUUAUUAUCAUUAUUAACUAUUGUUGUUACUGUUACAUUAUUAGGGGGCAGUGGAUGGAAGAAAUGGUGUCGAUGGUGCAAAAUGCCUUGCAUGUGCUUGCUCCCCUGCCACCCCCACAUUCCUUUACAUUCAGAGUUCAAAUCUAGUUUGGUGGUGGUGGUGGUGGUUGGAGUGGGGGUGUUGAGUUUGCCUUAUAGCCUUUUAAAGGUGUGUGGGUGUCAAUAAGAUAAGUGUUCUAAUCAUGUGGGGUUGCUUAAAUUGAUACCCCCGCCACCUUCCAACAUACUCACACUUCACCCCCCCCAUAUCUCAAGUCACGUGCAAAAAUCAGAAAACUCAUUAAUUUUAGUGGGUUGGCAGAAUCAUUAGAACGUUGGACAAAAAUGCAUUGCAUACAUCCUAGGUUCAGGUUCAAAUCUCACUGUGGACAGACAACUUUGCCUUUAUUCCCCCUUCUGACAGGGUGGUCAAUGAAAUAUAGAACCAGUUAAGCACUGGGUUAACGAACACCUAAACCCCCUUACAUAUCCAGCCCCUAAAUUUCUAGCUUUUGUGCCUAUGUAAGAAAUUAUCAUAUUAUUAUUUUGGUAGUAAGCUGGCAGAAUCGUUAGCAUGCUGGGCAAAAUGCUUAACUGUAUUUUAUCUGUCUUUACAUUCUGAGUUCAAGUCCCACCAAGGUCGACUUUGCCUUUCAUCCUUUCAAGGUCGAUGAAAUAAGUACCAGUUGCAUACUGGGGUUGAUGUAAUCAACUAGCCCUCGUCCCACAUAUUUCAGGCCUUGUGCCUAUAGUAGAAAGGAUUAUUAUUAUUAUUAUUAUUAUUAUUAUUAUUAUUAUUAUUAUUAUUAUUAUUAUUAUUAUUAUUAUUAUUAAGGUGGCAAGCUGGCAGAACUGUUAGCAUGCUGGGCAAAAUGCUUAGCUGUAUUUCAUCUAUCUUUACGUUCUGAGUUCAAAUCCCACCGAGGUCAACUUUGCCUUUCACCCUUCGGGGUCGAUAAAAUAAGUACCAGUUGCUUACUAGUGUCGAUGGAUUUGACUAGUCCCCUCCCCAAAAAUUUCAGGCUUUGUGCCUAUACUAGAAAGGAUAAUUAUUAUUAUUAUUAUUAUUAUUAUUUAGGUGGCAAGCUGACAGAAUUCUUAGCAUGUCAGGUGAAAUGCUUUAGCGGUAUUUCGUCUGCCGCUAUGUUCAGAGUUCAAAUUCUGCUGAGGUCAACUUUGCCUUUCAACCUUUCAGGGUCGAUGAAACAAGUACUAGUUGCGUACUGGGGUCAACAUAACCAACUAACCCCCCCACACUCCCCAAAAUUGCUGACCUUGUGUCAAAAUUUGAAAAUAUUAUUUUAUAGUAUUUGUAAGAAUAGUUGCUGUUUUGACCCUCAACUUUUAACUGAUGCCACUAAAACUUAAGGAAAGGCAUGACCGUCACACCACGCUCUUUCUUUACCUCACUCGCCCCUUUUCAUUAUAAAAGUCAUUAAGGUCUGUUGCCCCUAAUCAAAAGAUUUUAUGUGGCUUUUUUUUUUUUUUUUUUUUUUUUUUUUUUUUUUUUCCUCAUUCCUCCCUGUAAUUUGUGGAGUACUAAUCCUGCCAUUUUUGGCUUUGCCUUUCAUUCCUCACGGUCCGAUAGAAUAAGCACUGGUACCAUGCUACAGGUGGUGAUGGUCGUGGUGGGCUAAAUGUUCCACCUACUACACCCCCUCCCCCUCUCUUUCCACUACUUUUUCUACCUAUAGACUUACUGCUUCAUUGCCAAUGUAAGCAACCAUUGUUAUUGCUGCUACUGCUGCUGCUGCUGUUGUUGUUGUUGUUGUUCUUUCCGUGGCGAGUACCAAAGUGUGUAUACGGCAGAGGGUGAUGCUCCUGGCAAGUCAAGUCCAUUGAUCAGGUUUCAAUCUCUGCUUAAAACCAAAAUGUUGUAUUGGUAAAUACCUUUGGAGAGCUUGCAACUUUCGACUUAUUCCAAUCUGAUAAAUUUGGCACUUUGAUCCCAUGUAGAAGAAAAUCUCUGUGAUUAUUAUUAUUAUUAUUAUAUUAAAAGGUGGUGAGAAGGCAGAAUAGUUAGCACGCUGGGUAAAAUGCUUAGCGGUAUUCUGUCUGUCUUUACGUUUUGAGUUCAAAUUCCGCCGUGGUUGACUUCACUUUUCAUCUUUCAAGGGUCGAUAAAACAAGACAAGUACCAGUUGAACUCUGGGGUCGAUGUAAUCGACUUACCACCCCACCUAACAUUGCUGGCCUUGUGCCAAAAUUUGAAACCAUUAUUAUUAUUAUUAUUAUUAUUAUUAUUAUUAAUUUCUGCCAAGCCGAGGUCAACUUUGCCUUUAAUCCUUUCAAGCUCAAUAAAAUAAGUACCAGUCAAGUACUGGAAUCUGUAAUCAGCUUUUCCCCUCUCAAAAAUUGCUGGUCCUAUGCCUACAUUUGAAACCAUUAUUAUUAUUAUUAUUAUUUAUUAAGGUGGAGGGCCGGCGGAAUUGUUAACAUGCUAGGCAAAAUGCUUUGCAGCAUUUCGUCUGUCCUUAUGUUUUGAGUUCAAAUCCUGCUGAGGUUGAAUUUGCCUUUCAUCCUUUUGGGGUCGAUAAAAUAAGUACCAGUUGAGUACUGGGGGUCGAUGUAAUCAACUUACCCCCUCCUCUUAUUAUUAUUAUUGUUAAGGUGGUGAGCUGGCAGAAUUGUUACCACGCCAGGCAAAAUGCUUAGUGGCAUUUUGUCCAUUUUUAUGUCCUGAGUUCAAUCACCACUGAGGCUACUGACACACACUUUGUGCCCAUCACUAGCCGGUGAUUGUCUCACACUGAGGACGGGUAACUACCUUUCAGGAUCGAUAAAAUAAGUACCAGUUGAUCUCUGGAGCCAAUUUAAUCGACUUUGCCCCCUCCUCUCCCCACCCACAAAACUACUGGUCUUGUGCCAAAAUUUGAAACCAUUAUUAUUAUUAUUAUUAUUAUUAUUAUUAUUAUUAAAGGCGGCGAGCUGGCAGAAACGUUAGCACACUGGGCGAAAUGCUUAGCGGUAUUUCGUCCGUCUUUAUGUCCUGAGUUCAAAUUCCACAGGGGUUGACUUUGCCUUUCAUCCUUUCAGGGUCGAUAAAUUAAGUACCAGUUGCGUACUUGGAUUGAUCUAAUCGACUGGCCUCCCCUCCCACCAAAUUUCAGGCCUUGUGCCUAUAAUAGAAAGGAUUAUUAUUAAUCAUUAUUAUUGUGGUGAGCUGGCUGUAAUAUUCACAUGCCAGGCAAAAUGCUUAGCAGCAUUUUGUCGAUCUUAACAUUCUGAUUUCAAAUUCUGCUGAAGUUGGCUUUGCCUUGUGUCACUUCAGUGGUUAAUGAAUAAGUACCCGUUGUGUACUUGGGUCGAUUAAUUGGCUUCCCCUCCACCCUCUCUCAAAAUUGCUGGCCUUGUCCCAAAAUUAGAAAGAACUACUACUGAGCAGUGUAUCAGCAGAAUCUCGCAAGUGCUGAACAAAAUGGAAUACCUUUCGGUAUUUAGUUAGAGCCCUUUAUGUUCUGAGUUCAAAUCCUGUCAAGGUCAACUUAACCUGCGAUCUUUCUGGGGUUGAUAAACUACCAGUUAAACCCUGGGGAUUUGAUAUAAAAGAUUGCUCUCUCUUCCCUCCCUCCUGCCAAAUUUCUGGCCUUGAGCCUAUGAUACAAAUUAAUUAUAUUAUGGCAUUGUGGGUUUUAUUGUAUUUCUGAAGAAUUUGGUCAUCUUUGACUUUUUUUUUUUUUUUUUGCUGUUAAUGAGGAGACUUCUGUGAUUAUCCGAAAUGGUGGUUGUAAACUACAGAGAUGAAACAUUAUUAUUAUUAUUAUUGAAUGAAUAAAACAUUUUCUUAAAAACCAA